AUGGCCGAAGAUAAUUUAGAUAAGUUGUCCAAGAAUCUUUGUGGUGAGUUUGCGGAUUUAUUUGAUGGAAAGCUAGGAGAAUAUAAACAUGCAGUCAUUUCAUUGCAGUUCAAAAACAAUGCUAAACCAAGAUUUUGUAAGCCUAGGAAAAUGCCUUUUGCAUUUAAAACAGAUGUAGAUCAGGAAAUAGAACGGUUGGUCAAGGAAGGAGUUUUGCUGAAAAUUCAAAACUCGGAGUGGGGUACUCCAUUAGUGCCAGUUCUUAAAUCAAAUGGAAAAAUUCGAGUGUGUGCCGAUUACAAGGUCACAGUUAAUCCUUAUUUAGAAAAUGUUAAUCAUCCGAUACCACAUGUUUGGGAUAUUUUGAAUUCUUUAGAAGGGGGUGAGCUUUUUAUAAAAUUAGAUUUCACUGCAGCAUACAAUCAAAUUCGGGUCGAUGAGGAAACAGGAAAGAAGCUUGCUUGGAGUACACAUCAGGGAAUCUUUCAGAAACUUGGCAAGUUCCCAGAAGGCCAAGGUGGCCAUCUUGAUUUCCGCUAA